AUCCCACAGCUUGAGCAUGUGCCCGGCGUUGGUGCGGUGGCUGCACGUGUCGCCCAGCGCUCGGCGCCAGCUCCAGGCACCGCCAAGAACAGACCGGCCUCGCCGCCGCGCCGUCGCUCCGUCGCCACCCAACCCAGGGCACCGAGCAUCCGGAGACGCUCUCAAGCAGAUCCCCAUGGGCGGCGGCGCGGGUGGACCGGCCUCGGGCUCGCUCACUGGCGGCUCCAUGUACACGGCCGAGCAGCACGCAGAGUAUCUCCGUGCAAAGUACCGCCGCGGCGUGCGUGCGCAGCGCGGCAAUGUUGUGCCGCAUGUGCUGAUGCGUCCAUCGGCGGGCGGUCCGAUGCUGGUCGUCGAGGAAGACGGCACGGCCGAAGCCACGUUGAGCGACGUCCGACGUGCUGAUGCUCGCGAACGAGAAGUGCAGCAGAGCGCAUUGGCGGCGGAUGCAAUGAUGGAGGUUGAUGAAACAACGCUGGCCUUUCGCAAGAAGCUGUACAUUCAGCAAAAGAGACGAUCCUUCAUUGACUUUACACGCUCUGAAGUGACUGGCGGACAUGGCGGCGAUGGCGCCAUCUCAUUCUUGCGUACGAUCACGACAGACGAAGGCGGCCCAGACGGCGGCAACGGUGGUGGUGGCGGCAACGUUGUGUUCAUGGCUUCAGACAAGUAUUCUUCGCUGGCGCAUGUGCCGCGUAAAAUCGCGGGGCGUGCUGGUGGCAACGGACAGGGCGAUCAGCGGUUUGGCGCCACUGGAGACGAUUUAAUUGUGCACGUCCCACCAGGCACGGUCAUUUCCGUGGAGACGCAGCCCUUUGCCUCACUUCCUGCGCAGCUCGCCGCUGCCGCCAAGUUUGAAAGCCAAGCCACCCGUGUUGCUGCAGGCAGCGCACGCUCGACGCUUUCCGCCAACCUUCGGGUGCUCGCUGACCUGGCCAACUUUGGCGACAAGUACGUUGCAGCGGUUGGCGGGCUAGGCGGCUUUGGCAAUCGCCACUUUCGAACGCCGACAGAGCAGGCUCCUGAAAUUGCCACGUCCGGCACCGCCGGUUCCUCAGCACUCGUGGUGCUCGAGCUCAAGACCAUCGCCGAUGUUGGGCUCGUCGGGUGGCCGAACGCCGGCAAAUCUACUUUUUUGGGAGCCGUGUCCAAUGCGCACCCCGAGGUAGCCCCGUAUCCGUUCACAACCCUCAAUCCGUUUGUGGGUGUCGUGGACUUUGACGAUCACCACCGUAUGACGGUGGCUGACAUUCCCGGCCUUGUGGAAGGCGCGCAUGCCAAUCGUGGUCUUGGCCACUCAUUCCUUCGUCACGUCGAGCGCAGCAAAGUUCUACUCUAUAUUAUUGACACUGCCGCGCAGGACGGGCGAGAUCCGUUGCAAGAUCUCAUUGCUCUGCAGCGCGAGCUCGAGCUCUUCCGCGUCGGAUUGAGCAACGGGCGGUCGCGGCAGACGCAACGGGAGCAGCAAGCACAACAGCAAGCACAGCAGCAGCAACCACAGGCACAGCAGCAGCCGCAGUCACAACAACAACAAUCUUCACCUCUGGCUCCCCGCGUCUUGAUCGUGGCCAACAAGAUGGACUUGCCAAGUGCCGCGGCGCACUACCCCGCGCUCCAGGCGUAUGCCGACGAGCAUGGCCUUCCAUUGAUUCCAAUGUCGGCACAAUCCAGCCUCGAAUCGGUUCGGGAAGUGACACACACGCUGAGAAGCAUGGUUGAGGCGGCAACGCGCGAGGACGAGCAGCAAGAGGCGUUGGACGCAGUCGCCGUUGCCCGGAUUCGAGAACAGGAGCAGGUGCAGCGUGAGCGUGAACAGCGUCGGCCUUGGCUGCGUCGAAAGCGGGAGCAGCAGGAAGCCCUCGGAAUGGGGUCUGCAGCCUCGCCACUUCCCAGUCCGGCGUUCAUCCCAGCAGUGAAGGUACUCCCGAAUCCGGAUGUCGACGCGCAGACACUAGAGUUUAUGCAGUCCAUCGGCCUGGCCGAAGGUGGGAACAGCGAGGCGCGCACUGGGCGCAACAGUCGCAAGCGUCGACAAGAGCAAAAGCAGCUGAGCGCUGCGCUCGCGUCGGGCCCUCGCCAGCUCACCCGCAAUUCUGUUGUCGACUAGUAGGCAGUGGCCUAAGGCCUUGCGUGAUGCCAACGUGCUCUGUUUGGAGAAUGAAGUUGCUUUUUUUAAACAAAACAUAUUGAAGACA